GCGGAGUGCGGUUUGGAGCGUAGUCAUGUGCUGACAGAGAGAGCAGGGCAUUAGUAGUCAGAGCUGGGACUCAGGACGGGACCAUGUUACCCUCUAUGGUGCGGAGGUGGCUGAACAGACCGAAGAAGUCAGAUCCUCGUCUGCUGGCAAAAUUAUUUUAUGUGGAUGAGGAAGUGAGCACGAUUGUACAUGAAUUACAGUGCCUCGAUGUGCGCAAGGACCCUCAGAAUUACUUGGUUUUGCUUGGCCAAUUACACAACAGCCAGGAGCGCAUGCUUGCUAUUCUGGAGCAGAUCCUAGACCAGUGUGUACCAACAAAGAGGAGGCAGAGAGACUAUCACCUCAAGUUUCCUGAUGACAUUGUAAAUAAUAAUAUGACGGCUCAUCUACUUUUUGCUGCUGAGCUUUUGGUAGGAGGCACAUAUGUUGAAGUGGAAGAGGCAGAUGGAGUUUUACUUCGACCCCUGGCCCAAGAGCUGUUACAGAGUCUGGAAUGUCUAAGACGGGUUCUAAGGGAACAAAGCCUUCAAGAUCCUGGAAUAUAUCCAGAAUCAAGCCACAAAGCUAUGCUACAGUAUGAUAAUCUGUGUGCAGAGUUUGAGCUGAGGUAUAUGUCGUUAGUGGUCAGUGUAAAGUCUCCUGAAGAAAUCUACGAGCAGCAGGAAGUAGCAGUACUUUUCUGUGAGACUGUUUCCAGAGCUCUACAGAGAGGACACCUAACACAGGAAAUGAUUGAUGAUUGUGAACCAGAGUUGAUGAUUUCCAUACCACGCUUGGCAAUUAUCAGUGGUCUUCUAAUAUUUCCCGAUGGACCAUUAAACUUGGAGAGACCACCAGAGGAGAUGUGUGAACUGUUCAGUCCAUUCUAUGGCCUCCUGAAGAAAAUAAGGGAAAUACUCUGCAUAUUGACUAAGAAAGAACUAUUUUCCCUUGAAAGAGCAUUGAGCUCAUCCUCUGAAGAUCCUUCCACACCCCUGCCAGCUUGUGUGCCAACGUCAACUGAUGCAGGUUCUUUAGACUACGGUGGCCAAUCUGUGAAUUCCAAGCUCCCAUCUGCCAAUGAACCGACUUUCCAAAAUGCAUCUUGGCCAAACUUUUCACAUGGUAACAUUGGGGCAUGUAAUAAUACAGUAUCUGGCACGUACUAUCCAUGUGCUCAGCAAGGUGUUGUGGCAGUAGACUCUGAAUACAAGAGAAGCCAAGAUGUGAAACCACAGAAUGGUGCAAGAAGACCUGCAGAAAUUCUCCGCAAUGUGCAUGUCCGAUGUUCUGUUAGGGGAUCCAAGCUCAGUGACGUGCGUUCCCGGUACCGCAGUGACGGUGAUAUGCUGCAUCGUCUCUUUGUAUGCAUUGCUGGUGUUGCUGACCAACUGCAGACUAACUUUGCAAGUGACUUGCGUGUUAUUCUGAAAACUGUGUUUGAGACGACGAGCUCCAGGCAGCAAGUGGAUACGCAGAGAUCGUCUGGAAAUGCCUUUCAUUUACCCGAUUGUUCUGCUUGCCAAAGGGAACGGGAGGUUGGAGAAGCAACCAUUGAACCUCCAGAAUGGGUUCCAGACAGUGCGAGCACCCAAUGCAUGAGUUGCUAUGCUCCCUUCACACUAUUACGGAGGCGGCAUCACUGUCGAAGUUGUGGAAAGAUUUUCUGCUCCCGCUGCUCGGGUUAUACAACAUCUCUUCCUCAUGUUCCUAAUACACAGCCUGUUCGAGUAUGUUCUCAUUGUUACCAUGUGCACUGCAGUUCUCAGAAUCGACAGAAAAAGAAGAUUGAGAUCACCACCUAGUGGGAUACUUCUAUGGCAACUGAAGAAAAGUGGUUUGGAAGCACAUUUCAUUCCUCCCUUUGUAACAGUAUGAAUACUGACUGGCUUUUUAUGUAUGAAUAUUUUUGGACAGUCCUUUGUGUUUACAUCGAAGUAUGAGCAGUGAGCCUCCAAUUACAGGGUACAUUAAAAAUUCUAUGGGGUAGCUAAUUUAUAUUUUGAAUUGUGAUUCUUUUUCUUUACAUGAUUUUGUAUAUAUUGUGUUCAGUGUAUAUACUCUUCUACUAGUAUCGGUGAUUACUCUUAUAUUUAUGCUACAUCCAUGGCCAAAACCUGAGCACUUAACUAAGAAAAUGAAUCAGACCUGGAGAACAGUCAUCCACAGUUUCUGCUUAUUAAUAGUGGCAGCCUUUUUGCAGGAUUGGGAUAAAGUAAUUUGCACUUUAUGCCGAUACUGUGAAUCUCUGGAUUUUUUUGCAUUUAAGAGUUUUACAUUAUUAUAAGCAAGAGUUAAAUAUUUUAAUACUGAUGACCUAUCCUCUGGAUAUAGACAAUCAGUAUCUGAUUGGUGGGGGUCGAACACCCAGGACCCCACUGAUAAGCUGUUUGAGAAGGCAGCGGCGCUCCUUCUCGCAACU